AUGGCCUUCCUCAAGCAGAUCGGGACCCUCAUGGGGAAGAACUUCCGCAUUCUUCUCUUCAGGCAUCUGGCGCUAUGUAUUUGGAUGGCCUUCAUCUUACCUAUCUUCCUGGCAGCUUUGUUUAGUUUCACCAAAAACCUGCUCGUUCCUCCAGCUAAGUUCGGAAUCGGCGAUGCUGCUCCUUUAAUGCCCCUCAACCAAGCCAUCGAAAAAGCAACCGGCAAUGGACGUGAGAAACUAGUGCUGGUCAACAACGCCAACAACGAUAGAGACAUCAACCGCGUAUUCAAUACCGUGAAAACCCAAUUCAAGGAUGCUGCUCAAUCUGCUGGCGUUGACUUUGAGGUUGUCCUUGUUGACAACGAGGACGAAUUAACCACCAACUGCCCAAGUAAUCUUAGAGGUGUGUCAAGGUGUUUUGGUGGUAUCGUCAUGGAGUCCUCCCAAGGUAUCUGGAAUUACACUAUCCGUGCCGACGGAGCUUUUGAGUUAGCACCCACCAAGUUCCGUAUAGACAAGCCCAAUGAUCAACAAGUCUAUAUCAUACCACUUCAACAUGCCGUCGACCAAGCUAUCUUACGCCUUAACAGUUCGGACAGCACGGCCUUGGACAACGUACAGGAAUGGGCUUAUACCAGUAUGACGCCAGAAGAACGCGAUAGAGAGAUUCGAAGACGGUUUCAAAAGUCGAUCAUGGGCUGGAUGGGCGUGGCCUUUUUGGGCACUGUCGUUUGGGUCACCUACCAUCUUACUGGCUUCAUCGCUACAGAACGUGAGAGUGGAAUGUCUACUCUGAUCGAUGCUAUGAUGCCAGUUCGGAAGCCUUGGCUCAGCAUGGUUGCAAGAAUCUUUGCUCACCACUUCUCAUUCUCUCUCAUUUAUCUUCCCGCUUGGAUUAUUGGCUCUAUUAUUGUGCGCGGUGGUGUUUUUGCCAAAACCAGCGUUGCUGUUGUCCUCAUAUUCCACGUCCUCGCCGGUCUCGCCUUUUCUUCUAUUUCUAUGCUGUUUGCUUCGUUCUUCAGAAAGGCUCAGCUGAGUGGUAUUACUGCUAUCUUGGUCGUCGCAAUCCUCGGCAUCGUUUCGCAGGUUCUUACUCAACCUGGCACGGUUCCUGUUACUGUGCUAUCGUUACUAUUCACCCCAUCUGCGUUUGUUUUCUUCAUCGCAAAUAUGGCUCGCUUCGAAGAGCAGGAACAGCCGACCGAUCUUUUGAAAGUGGCCCCAAACAGUCCUUCAGCUCUUCCCGGCAUUGUGUUCUGGGUAUUUCUGAUCAUCCAGAUCUUUGUCUACCCGUUGAUUGGAGCUUUUAUUGAACAUGCUUUGUUCAGCAAUGACACUCCGGGCCGAAAGAUUCUACAAAAUCAGUCCGACAUCGAUCGAAUGGGUAGCAACGCUGUUCAGUUACGACAAUUCUCGAAGACAUACAACCCUAAUUUCUUCUCACGAACCUUCCGUAGGGGUGCUAAUAAGAAACAGCCUGUUCACGCUGUGAGCGAGCUGGAUCUAAACAUUGGCAAAGGCCAAAUCAUCGCCCUCCUCGGUGCCAAUGGAAGUGGAAAGAGUACAACGCUUGAUGCCAUCUCCGGAAUGAACAAGUUGACCAGUGGAUCGAUCGAAAUUGAUGGCAGAGGCGGUCUUGGAAUUGCUCCCCAGAAGAACGUGAUCUGGGAUGAUUUGACGGUAGAAGAGCACAUUCGAAUCUUUAAUCACCUUAAAGCGCCCAACGCCAGGGCCGACGCUAAACAAAUCGAAGAACUCAUCAGAUCCGUCGACCUUUACCCCAAGCGAAAGGCCUUUGCCAAGACAUUGUCGGGUGGACAGAAACGAAAGCUUCAAUUGGGUCUCAUGUUGACAGGAGGCAGUGCUGUAUGCUGUGUCGACGAAGUCAGCAGUGGUAUUGAUCCUCUGUCCAGACGCAAACUUUGGGAUAUUAUUUUGGCCGAACGUGGAAGGCGAACCAUGAUUUUGACGACUCACUUCCUUGACGAAGCUGACCUUCUCGCCGAUCACAUCGCCAUCUUGUCCAAGGGCACUUUGCGUGCUGAGGGCUCUUCCGUCGAGCUAAAGGAUAAAAUGGGCGGUGGAUAUCGGGUUCAUGUUCCCAAAGAUAUCGGUGUCGGUAUUCGUGAAACUCCUGACGUUGACGGAGUCGUGAAGAAGGAUGCAUUCGACCUUGUUACAUAUACCGCGCCAUCCUCACAACUUGCUGCUGUUGUUAUCAAGAAUCUUGAAGCUGCUGGUAUCCGCGAAUAUCGGUUCUCCGGACCCCAGAUCGAAGAUGUCUUUUUACAAGUUGCUGAAGAGAUCAGAGAUGAAGAAGCUUUCCGUAACAACAACCAAGCCUUAUCUACUCCCUCAACCGAAAAAGUGUCUUCAAAAGAGAACGGUAGCGAGAAGCAGGGCCUGGAGCUUACUAACGGGCAGCACGUUGGAUAUGUGAAACAGGCUAUCAUUCUCUUCCGCAAACGUUUAACAAUUCUCAAGCGAAAUCGACUGUUGUACCUGUUCGCCUUUCUUCUCCCCAUAUUUGCUGCUGGAUUGACCGCAAUCUUUGUCAUGAACGAAAGCACGCCAACUUGCAACCCAGCAGACCAAGCCUCGCGAACCACUGAUCGCGAAGACAUUUUCAGCCAACAGGAUACUGGCAAACAAAUCUAUUUCCUGGCAGGACCAAAUUCAAAGCUUGAACAGUCUCUAUCUGGCCUCGCCGGCCUCGGUUCUCUUCUUGGUGGAGGAUCUGGAGCUUCGAGCUCGUUUAGCUUCUCCGAAGAUAAUCUCCUUAGGGUUGACUCUUGGCAGGAAUUUCAGGAUACGAUCGAAAGUGACCGGAAGAGAAUAACCACCGGAUUCUGGCUCGGUGAUGAUACGCAGCCUCCUACUUUUGCCUGGGUCGCGAACCUUUUCAUUUCGAGCCCUAUCCAGGCGCAACAGAUUUUGGAUGUCUUAUUGACCAACAUCACCAUCUCGACGACAUGGAGCGACUUGGAAAUUCCUAUCAGCCCAUCCACAGGCGACGCGCUUCAGAUGAUUGUGUACAUGUCAAUUGCGCUUUCAGUUUAUCCAGCCUUCUUCGCUCUGUAUCCGAGCAAUGAACGACGAAGGAAUGUCCGUGGUCUUCAGUACUCAAACGGUGUCCGGCCUUUCCCUCUCUGGAUUGCAUACCUCUUAUUUGAUCUCAUUUUCGUUUUGUUCGCCACGGCCAUUGCAACUGCAAUUUGGGCUGGGGUGUCCAACAUCUGGUUUCACCUGGGCUACGUUUUCCUCAUUCUCUUCCUUUAUGGAAUUGCCUCAACCCUCUUUUCAUACCUCAUUUCUCUCUUUACUUCAACGCAACUGGGGACUUAUGCCUGGGCUGCGGCGAGUCAAACCCUUGUCUUUGUCGUAUACAUCAUUGCAUACAUGUCCGUCCUGACAUACACCCCCGUCACCCAAGUCGACAGCAGCCUGCGUGUUGUGACCUUCGUCAUUUCUGUGUUUGCACCCAUUGGGUCGGCAUUGAAGGCUCUCUUCAUCGCCACAAACCUUUUUUCUACAGCAUGCGAGGGCACUGAGCUGACGGACAACCCGAGUGGUAUUCUUUACUACGGUGGCCCGAUUCUGUAUCUUAUUCUUCAAUCAAUUAUCUUGUUUGGCCUCUUAGUUUGGCUAGAUACCGGAUCAGCAGGAGCCUCGAUCAGGAGCCUUCUCCUAGGGAAGAAGAAGAACAAUGAUUCAGACGAAGAACAUGUCGACCAAGACAUUAUCGAUGAGCGCAACAAGGUCAUCAAUAAUGCAGAGAACGAGCACGGUCUUCGAGUUAUGAAUCUUACGAAGAGCUUCCGCAGCAAUACAGCUGUGGACAAUGUCACAUUCGGUAUCAAACGCGGUGAAGUGUUUGCACUUCUUGGACCCAACGGUGCUGGAAAAUCGACGACUAUUUCUCUGAUCCGUGGCGACAUCAAGCCUGAUCGAAACGGUGGUGAUGUGUUGGUGGAGGACGUCUCCGUCAGCAAGAACCUUCCCGCUGCUCGCGGUAACUUGGGAGUGUGUCCUCAGUUUGAUGCUAUGGACCAAAUGACAGUUCGUGAGCACCUAGAGUUCUAUGCUAGGGUCAGAGGCAUUCAAGAUGUGGAACACAACGUGAGAGCAGUCAUGCAAGCAGUGGGACUGGAGUCUUUUGCUACCCGCAUGGCCCAUGCUUUGUCGGGAGGAAACAAACGAAAACUGAGUCUCGGAAUUGCUUUGAUGGGCAAUCCCACUGUUGUUCUGCUUGACGAGCCUUCUUCUGGUCUGGAUGCAGCCUCCAAGCGUGUCAUGUGGAAGACGUUGGAAGCCACGGUCCCUGGAAGGUCGAUUCUACUCACGACCCACAGCAUGGAGGAGGCCGAUGCACUUGCCGGCCGAGCUGGUAUUCUCGCACGACGAAUGCUUGCACUUGGAACACCAGAUAACCUUCGUCAUCGCUUUGGUGAUGCUCUGCAUAUUCACCUGGUCUCUAGCACCGCCCCACGCACAUCUGACGAGGAGAUGGCACGGAUCACAGACUGGAUUCGCCAGACUUUGCCAUCCGCCGAUGUCGACGAGAAGACAUACCAUGGUCAGAUUCGCUUCUCCGUCCGUGCUGCUCAAGUGCUCGCAGCCACUUCGGGCCGCCGGGAAGAUGAGAUCACCAGCAAGAAUGAAGAUCUCAGCCAGAGCGCUAUUGGACAUCUUGUUGUGCUGCUGGAAGAAAACAAGCAGAAGCUCGGUGUUGGCCAUUACAGCGUUAGCCCAACGACUCUGGACCAAGUUUUCCUAAGUAUCGUGGGUCAACACAACGUCAAGGAAGAGAACUCUGAAGAAAAGAAGGUUAGCACUUGGAAAAAGAUUUGGAAUUUUGGGAGAUCAUAG